AUGGAUACAGUAUUUGCCCUCGGAUCCAACUCGGGCGGUCAGCUAGCAACUGGGAGCCUAGAUGAUGCGCAUUUCCUUACUGAAACUGUGUUUGGGCAGGAGUGCAGUGCUGCUGGGAUUGCUGGUGAUGCAGUUAUCGCUGGAGGCGGAAACCACACGUUUCUAGUGCGCAACAAGGGCCGUUUUCUCUUUGGCAGCGGUACAAAUGCCGAUGGACAGCUGGGAAUACCGACUGCAUCAUCUGGGCCUUACUUGCACUGGACACCGAUACAGUUCCCAGGAGAGUCAGUCUACAAGAUUGCCUGCGGCUGGAGCCACACACUGUUGCUCAACGACACACACAGGCUCUUCUCGGCUGGAUCCGGUGGAUUCGGACAGCUUGGGAUCAACCCUGAGCCCGGAGUAUCAAAGGCGAUGCAAUGGUCGGAAAUACGCAUAGGAGGCAGUGCAAAAAUAGUCGAUAUUGCCUGCGGAAUGAGGCACUCGCUUGCCCUGACUGGCAGUGGCGAUAUAUUUGGAUGGGGAGCGAACCGGUGUGGCCAGCUUGGUGUUCCUGGAACAAAGAAGCAGCCAAAUGUCUGUGAGCCAACCUUGGUUUCUGCUGGUCUCCCACCGAUCUCGAUGAUUGCGUGCGGGCGUAGCCAUUCUGUGGCCAUAGCCAGCGACCGUGUGACAGUGUUUGUUGCUGGCCAGGACAGGUGUGCGCAAUGCGGGCCUAGCAGCUACGAUGCUGUUGCUGGCACAUGGCGGUCGUUCCGUCUCAGCUCGCCUGCACGAAAGCUGUGCUCGGGAUGGGAGUUUGGUGCGGUGCUGUUGGAUCCCGCAGAGGGUAGCCAGACGAGUCGCUGCGUUACUAUGUGGGGGCGAUCCGACCAUGGCCAGCUGGGCAAAACGCCGAUGACCAUGCCUGGCGGAAGCCGCGACACUGUCGAUGUUGCGCUAGAGAGCGCGGUAGUUGACAUUGCGUGUGGCUCCAACCAUACUGUCGCUGUGCUCAGCAACGGCAGCGUGUGGGCGUGGGGGUGGAACGAGCAUGCCAAUGCAGGAGAUCCGUCACUUGCCGAUGUGGUGUGCCCGCGGCAGCUGUGGCCAGUAGCAGCAACAGUACCAGGGCGCUUGCCAAGCGUUGGCACUGGCUACGGCAACACGCUUAUUAGUAUUAGCUGUGAUUAG